AUGGUUUCCUUCACUCUUCGGGCCAUUGGCGCCUGUCUGGUCAGCCUUCCAGCCUUGGUUACUGCUGCUCCAACCUCCCACAUCUCUGGUGACUUCCAGGUACUCGAGCAGCUCCAUGAAGUUCCCCAAGGAUGGGUGCAAACCGGCUCUCCAGCUCCAUCCUCUCAGCUGAAGUUCAAGCUUGCCCUUCAGCAAGAUAAGGCCGCCGCUUUCGAACAGCAUGUUAUGGAUAUCUCCAAUCCGAAGCAUGAAAACUAUGGCAAGCAUAUGACCCAGGAGGAGGUUGAUGCUUUCCUCCAACCACCAGCCCAUAUGACUGACUCUGUCUUCAAUUGGUUGGCCUCUGAGGGUAUUCCCAAGCAUUCCAUCAAGGCCGACACCGACUGGCUCACCUUCACCACCACUGUCCAGAAAGCUGAGAAGCUCCUAAACACCCGCUUCUACAACUUCAAAAACACCAUCGACAACACCCAGGUCAUCCGUACCCUGCAGUAUUCCGUUGCCGAAACCGUUGCUCCAUACGUCCACAUGAUCCAGCCAACCACCAAGUUCAGUGCUCCUCGCCCUGAGUUGAGCAGCGUCUUCACUUCUGACCUCGAAAUUACCUCUUCUGCGGAUGUUGACUGCAACGUCACCAUAACCCCGGACUGCAUUCGAGAUCUCUACAAGAUGGGUAAUACUUUUGCUAAGAAAGACCCACGCAACAGGCUCGGUAUCUCUGGGUACCUUGAGCAAUAUGCUAGACUUGAUGACUUCAGCACUUUCAUCGACAUGUUUGUUCCAUCCCUGAAGGGAACAACUUUCGAUUUCAAGUCUAUCAACGGCGGAAAGAAUGAACAAAACUCCUCCCUCGACAGUGUUGAGGCCAGUUUGGAUGUUGAUUAUGCCAUUGGUUUGUCUGGUGCUCUCUCUACCUACUACGGCACCGCAGGACGAGGCAUGCUCAUCCCUGACCUCGACCAGCCUAACAUUACCAACAACAAUAAUGAGCCUUACCUCGAACAGCUUCACUACCUCCUUGGUCUCCCAGAUUCCGAACUCCCAGCUGUCUUGUCCACCUCCUAUGGCGAGAACGAACAGAGUGUGCCCAAGAAGUACACUGACUCUGCCUGCCACCUGUUUGCUCGUCUUGGUGCCCGAGGUGUUUCCGUUAUCUUCAGCAGUGGUGAUACUGGUGUCGGUAGCGCCUGCCAGAGCAACGAUGGUAAGAAGAUAACCAAGUUCAACCCUAUUUUCCCAGCUGCCUGCCCCUUCGUGACCUCGGUUGGUGGCACUCACCAGAUCAACCCUGAAGUUGCCAUUCACUUCUCAUCUGGCGGUUUCUCCGAACGUUUCUCUCGCCCAUGGUAUCAGGAGCUCGAUGUUAACCACUACCUCCAACAUGAACUUGAGCACGGCAAGUGGGAUGGCAUGUACAACCCCAGCGGACGAGGUUUCCCCGAUGUCUCUGCCCAGUCCUAUAAGUUUGCCACCCGUGACCAUGGAAGAACAAUUGGAGUUUCGGGAACUAGUGCCUCUGCUCCUCUCUUUGCUGGUGUCGUUUCUAUCCUCAACUCUAUCCGUCUCGCCCACCACAAGCCAAGGCUCGGCUUCUUGAACCCAUGGCUCUACACCAUCGGCCGUAGCGGAUUUACUGAUAUCGUCCACGGUGGAUCUGAUGGUUGCACUGGAACCGAUCAGUACAGCCAUCUUCCUACUCCAUAUGUUCCAGGUGCUAGCUGGAAUGCUACCCGCGGCUGGGAUCCAGUUACUGGACUUGGAACUCCAAACUUUGAGACACUCUCCAAGUUGGUCCUCCAAUAUUAA